AGAAUAACAGUGACCUAUCAGGUGAAGAAAAAAGUGAUGAAAAUAGCAACGAAAAUUCAAGUGAAGAGAAAAAAGAUGGUGAGAGUCAUGGAGAUGAAUCAAGUAGAGAGGAACAAAGUGAAGAAAGUGAAAGUGAACAAUCGGAUGAAAAAGAAGAAGAAGGUAUUGAAUCCUCUCCAAAUUAUGUUAAAAUCAUUUCCAAUGAUAAGUAUAAGUUUAAGACCCACUUGAGUGUGUCUGGGUCUUAUGAUUCAAGCAUCAAUGCGAGAGUUGGUUUUGGAGCUCAAUUUGUUGAGUUUAGAAAGAUUUUAAUCGCACAAAAAAUUGAAAAUGAUUUUAAAAAAUCUUGUUUUGGUCACUUUUUGAAGUUGGAUCAAUCUGUAGCAGUACAACUUCCAAUGAAGUUAGUACAUGGCCUUUGUCUUCGUCGUAUAUUUUCUGAAAAGAAAAAAGAGGUUUGGAUUGAUUAUAAUGGUUUGCCUCUUUGUUUUGACAUUAAUGAAUUCGUUAUUAUGACUGGACUUCGGUAUCAUUCCCUACCUCCUCUAAGUCAACAAUUAGCGAAAAUUGGAAAAGAAGGUGAAAUUUUGGUUGAUCUGGUGGGUCAAUCUGCAAAUGCUGCUGUACUCAUAGAAAAGAUGAGUGAUCCAUGCUUAACCAAAAAUCAAAAGCUUGCUAUUAGUAAGGUUUGGUUUUUGCAUUGUGUAUUGUGUUCAAAAAGUGCAGAAAAGAAGAUAGAAACUCAUUAGCUAAAGAUGGCAUCCAAAAAAAGUGUGUUCAAUUCAUAUCCAUAGGGUUGAGUUAGCUUUGAUCUUAUCAUUAGCUAUCUUUUGAAAGAGCUAGAUUCAACCAAAUCUCAGUAUAAUCUUCAUGGAUGUCCGUGGGCGUUCGCCGCUUGGGCGUUUGAAGCUAUUCCGGCACUUCAACGAUUGGCCAAGGAUUCUUCACCUGAAAAAUCAAUUCCAAGAAUGAUUAAAUGGAUGGCUGGAACACCUGCUUACAAGACAAAUAUUGAUCCUAUUUAUCAGACAAAAGAACAAAUGCAAAAUCAGGUUGUUCACCCUUUUCUUUUUCCAACAAACAUAGAGAAGGAACAAAUUUAUGUUCAAGAUAUUGAGUCAUAUGAAGAUAGUUCGGAUCCAAAAAUUGAUGCUUUAAAAGAAGAGUUGGCACUUGUAACAGCUAUAAAACUGAAUAUAACUGUUGUUGAAGAAGGUCUUGAGAUAACUGGUGGAGAGAAUAGUGUUGCGAGAAAUUAUGGAGUUGAGAGAGACGGUGAUGGCCAGAUUGCUUUAGAUACUUGUAGAUCUUUUGGUGGAGUAGGAAGAGAUGAAUCAUAUUUAGCUGAUCUUGGUAGGGGAGAAGAUACCCCUGGUGUGAUAAAAACAACAAAUGUGAAUGCCUUCAAUAUUGAUUGUUGCUGUAAAUGUGAAACAUGUUGUGAUAAGUAUGAAACUCUUUUGAAUGAAGUAAAAUCUUUGUCAACAAAGUUAGAUGGGCAGCAAUCAAAGAGGACUAUAUAUCCGAGCUAUGCAAGAAAAUCUCCUUAUACUCCUGCAGUUGUUAGUCAACUAUGCGAAGUUGUUGGACAACUGUGA